AUGCAAAAUAAUGAUAUUUUAACGAAAUUCAGUACUAUUUUCAAUCAAUUGGUAUACGAACCUAUUGAUGGAAAUCAUAUGCUAUAUGCUCUUCAAGGAAUGCAUGACUUUUUCAAUGAUUCUAAGUUUCAAAUAGCAAAAGAAGAUGUUGAUAGAUGGUUAUGCCAGCUCAUUCAAGCUGGAGUACAGAAUAAUGUCAAUAAAAACUCAGAUGAAAGUCUAUACAACGAAUACAUGGAGAUCAUCAGAUUAUUAAUAUCAAAAUUUAAAGCUUUAGACAGAAAAACAUUCGGAAAAACGCUUUGUGCUUCACUCCAAGAUGGUAUUUAUACACAAAGUUCGAUAAAGCUUCCAUUUAUUUACCAUCCCAAAGAACAGUUACAGAUAGCGAACAAAAACCAGUCACAUAUACAUCUUUACUUCGAUAUAUUACAAUCUUUCCUUAAUAUUUCAUUUUCUAUACCAGAAAAUUUUUUUGAAAUUAUUCUCAAUAUUUUGUGCCAUACAAAAGAUUUUUCAUCCGAGAUUUUACACACAUUAAGUUGUGCUAUACCAUGUGAUCAUUGCACAUCAUUAAAACUCAUCAGAGUCCUUUUUUGUUUCAUGAAUAAUUUUGCAAUCAAAAAUACCGAAAUUGAUACAGAAAUUGAUUUAUUUGCCGCUAAAACAUUACAACAUUCAUGUUCUAGAUUACCAUCCUACAUGAGAAAGCUUUUAAGUCGAGAUUUAAUUUCAUAUAUCAAAUUUUAUCAAAAUAUCAAGCUUCCGAUGUUUCUUAAUGAGUUCUUUUUGCUUAUUAAGGAGUUUGUUGAAAGUGACCAUGCAAAUCACAAACUUGUUUCAGAUUUAAUUUUCAAUAAUUUUAAAAAUUUUUAUUACGUCACAAAUUACAUAGAACUAUGUAAAACAUUGAUAAAGAACAACAACAAAUACCUUGAAUAUUUCACCAAGGUCAAUUUCGACUCCAAUCCCGAGAUAAUUCCGAAUUUAAUGGAAAUUUUUCCGAAAUUUUCUCCAAAUUUUUCGGAAUUAUCGAAAUUUCCUCAAAUUUUCUACAAAACAAUUGUUAAGAUAGAAAAACCAAGUCUUAUACAUGGCAGCUACUUAUCCAGAUGUCUUGAUACCGCUUCACCUCCUUUAGAAUUGAUAAAUGAUCUCUACAAAUUGUUUCCAAACAUAAUUUUAGAAAAACUUGACAAAUUAUCAGUUGAUUUUGCGAUCAAAAUCUUUGAAGAGAACAAUGAUUUGUUUAAGAGAUACAUGAGCAAUGCUAUUGACAUUGCCAGUAAGAGUUUGUCGAGAACAUUGAUGUCGAUGAUAAUAAUUUAUCAAAAACAAAAUGAAAUCCAAUUAACAGAUGAUUUUUUAAUUGAAUUAAAAAGCAAUGUUAAAAAUGUAGAAGCAUAUAAAGACAAGCAUUAUGUAAAUGCUGUUUCUAUGAUACUCAAAGAUGAAGAACUUUUGGAAUUGUACACUUAUGAUUUCAUCAAAAAACUUUUGUCAAUUUGCAAAGAAAGUUGUCAAAUUUUAUUAGACAACAAAUAUUUGUCUUUCCACAUUUUGAAGUUGUUAAUGCAAAUUUUAUGGACUGAAGAUGAAAUACUACAAGGAAUAAGUCUAAUAUUGAUUUCAAGAAUGAAAGAUUUGUCAUCAAUUAAGACUUUGUACAAAUACGAAUUUGGUUCAUUACUUGGAAAUUUGUUUGUUCAGAAAGAAACGGUUUUUAAUGAAUUAUGUACGAUUAUUUUCCAUAGAAAAAUACAAAACCACAAAAACAUCAUCAGUGCAUUCCAGAAAAUCAUUUUCCCAUUUAUUAUUUGUACAAGUGAACAAAAUCUUCAAAAAUUUUUGGAGAAAAGCAAAUUGAAACUGAAAGAUUUUCUUUCAAAAAACAUUCCAAGCAUUCUUGAAUUCAUUUUCACUUCGAAUGACGAACAGAUGAGUAAAAGAGCAUUCGAAUUCUUCAGAAAGCAGAAAAUGACAAGUUUGCAGAAGGUUGUUUAUGAUAAUUCCAUUCGUUUCUUCCCUGUUUUGUUCAUUGAUUGUGUUUCUCCAAAUGAAAUCACAAGACAAAAAGCAAUUCAAAGUGUCAAAUCGAUAUUUGAGUCGAAAUACAUCGAGAAAAGUGUUUUGAUAUCAAAAGAAGAAUAUUUUAACCAACAGAUCGUCAACUAUUUCUAUUUCACAUUAGUGAGAUUGACGAAAAUCAUUACAAGUCCAAAUCCUUGUGAUGAAAAACUCAAAAUGGUCAUUCCAACAAUCAAAUAUUUGUUACCUUUCAUUGAAUCGGAAUUACCGAAAUUUAUUACACAGAUUUACACGGUUUUAAUGAGAGUUUGCAGUAUAGAUAUCUUGAAAUUGAGUUGGAUACAGUUUUGGUACGAUUUCUGCAAAACUUUUUCUUCAAAAAUGGAAAAUGUUUGUUUACAAAGAAUUUUUGUUCCUUUGACACAAAAUUUAUGUAUUUUACACAAAGAAUUUCCAGUUGAAAUCUCCGCUUUCUUCAGGUAUUUGAUCAUUGAUUUGAAAGAAAUAACAGAAGAUUGGUUUAAAUACAUUUAUUAUUAUCCUGUUUUGGAUGAAAUAAUUGAUGUAAAACAUCAACUCCAAAAGGAUAUUAAACUUGAAUGGUCCGACCAAAUAAUUUUGUUAUCGCAUAAUUUGGAUGAUUUCUCUAAUUUGUCGUUUAGAAAUUUGUGUUUAGAGACUAUUCGAAAACUCCUUAAAGAUCAUGAAGAAGAACUAUACACAAACAAACUUGAUAUCAAAUAUUUAACAACAAAAUUAUGGAGUGUUGCUUCCCACGAAACAGAUAAAGAUAAUGCAAUGCUAUUUGGUAGAAUUUUGUCACUUUUACCGUUUACUAAUGAUAUUUCUGAACCUCAUUUUGAUGUGAUUAACAAAGAUGACAUUGACAAGAUUAUUAUUAAAAUCAUUACUGAUUAUCUUGUUAAAAUUCUUGUUAAUUCGCAAAUAACUUUAUACGCGAUCCAACAAAUGUUGGCUUAUUUAGGAUGUAGAGAUGUAACUAAUGAUACUCAAGCACAGUUUUCUGAUGAAAGAGGAUUGUUGAAUUGGUCGAAAUUCCCUGAUGAAAUCAAAACAGCUAUCAAUAAUUGCAGAUCAACAUCUUUUAAGCAAACACUGCCAAAAGAAACUGAAACAGCUCUUAAGCCAUUAAUUGACUCUGCACAUAGAUUUUCUCUUUCAAGAUGGAUGAGAAAUCUUUUUGUAAAUCUCAUAACAAAAGUGGACUCAAUAAAAAGCAGUCCAUCGAAUUUUGAUUACAGGAAAACUGAUGGUGGUUAUUUGGAACCAUUAGCUCAUCCAAUAGGAGUAAGCAGUGCAUUGGGUUAUUUUGUUAUUCCUUAUUUGAUUUCUUAUAAUUCGAGUAACGAAGUUUUUAUAAAUUGUUUGAGAAAAGAAUGGGAAUAUUGCUACGAAAAACUUCGUGGAAAUAACAAGAAACAAAAGACAAUUGCAAGAACAGUUAUUCAAGCUUUCUUUUCUUUGUUCGACAGCUUGGAAAGAAUGAAAAUUUCUGCUUCAAAAGACAAAAUUUUGAAAGGUUGGACUUAUCUCGAAAUUGCUGACGAAAAGAAAUUGGCAAAGAGUGCUUAUAGUUGUCAAUUAUGGCAACGCGCUUUGAUGCAUUUUGAUAAUCUAUGCCAGCUUUCAAAAGAAAACAUGACAACGAAAAAUCUCCAGUUAAUGAAAGAAUGUUUUACUAACAGUGGAGAUUUAGAAAAUGCAAACUUUUUGAAAAAGAAAUUGUCAGAAAUUUCUGACACAAAAAGUGACACCGCUUUGUCAGAAAUGAAUUUGCUUGAUGAGGAAGAGCAGAGAUCGCAAAAGAUACUACUUAUUAAAGAAAUGGUUGAGAAUGGAAGGUUCGAAAGAGCUUUGUCAGAUGCGAAAACGAUAAGAUCGACGGUUAUUCCUGAUUUAAGGUUAGAUUCAAGUAUUUGUAGAAGUGCGAUGAGUUUAGGAAAAUGGGAUGAGAUCGAGAACAUUAUACAUGAAAAUUGCAGUGUUUUGACAAGAGAUUUUGAUGAAUCGAGAUUGAUAAAUGAUGCAAAUAAUUUGAGAUUUGAUAUUUCAGUCGCAAAAUCAUUUUAUGAUUUGAAAUUCACGACAUCACAGAAUUUCAAGGAUGAUAUUGAUAUCCAAAAGAAGAGAAUGACCCAGGAAUUGUCUGAAUCAUUUUUGGGAAGCUACAUCAAGCUGAGACAGAGUUUGGUUAAAGUUAGAAUUUUGGAUGAAAUGUCACUUUUUGCUGAUAAUCGAGAAGAUUAUAAUUUAAGUCUUUUCAAGAAAUGGAUUGAUAAAGAGCCACUCAGCUUAGAUAUUCUCUCUAGAGUUACAUCAAUUAACUGUGCAAUGAUUGAUUUGAUGGAGAAAAACGAUAAAUUAAAUAAUCUUACUUUAGAAUGGAUUGAUUUAAGUGUUAAAAGUCGUCGUAAUGAUAAUAUAAUAGCAAGUGAAAUGCAUGCAAAUAGAGCUCAUAAAAUGAUGCCGAACAAUGAUUUGGUUUUAAUCGAAUUAGCUAAAGUUUCUUGGUGUAAAAAGCCAUCAGAUACUUCGAUUAAUAUUUUGAAUACAAUUAAACCAGAAUCUGAUAAACAAGGAAAGAUUUCAUUCAUGAAAGCGCAAUAUCUCGAUAAAUUGAACUCUUUAGAUGCUGAUGGUUUAACAGAACUUUACAAGACAAUCACUCAACGACCUGAUUGCGAAGGUAAAGUUCAUUAUCAGUUUGCUACUUUGAUUGAUCAAAGAAUUGAGAAAUACAUAAAUUAUGUCGAAAUUGAUGGCCAAGAAAUUGGAGUUUCAACGAAAUUAAGGAAAAUGGAAAGCGUCAAGUUCUGGGGAAACACAAGUUCUUCAAUGAACAUUGCUUCAUUCUUGAAGACUCAAGUUCCUUUGUGUUUGAAAAACUACUUCUUGACAAUCAUCAAAACUCCUCAAUUGUCAAACGAAGUUUUACCAAGAAUCAUGGAUUUGUUUUUCGAAACAAUCAGAAAUCUUCUUUCUGAACAAAACAAGAAACCAUAUUCUUUGAUUUCGCAAAAUCAGAAACCAACAAUCAUCCAACAAAUCAAAGAUGUUUUCAAAGAAUAUGUCAACAAAGUUUAUCCUUAUGUUUGGUUUAAUUCCAUAACACAAUUGAUUUCAUGGAUCGAACAACCAUCUGAACUUUCGGAAUUCAUUCUUCAAAUCAUUUGUGAAGCCACGAAAUGUCAUCCUUCUUCUGCUUUAUGGCAUUUGAUGUAUGUUAAUCAUUCUUCAUCCCCUUUGAGAAAAGAAAAAUACGAAAAUGUCAUUGAAAUGAUAUUAAAAUCUUUCAAAAAUGAUGAAGAAAAGAAUGAUUUCCAAGUUUUAAUACAAAAGUUUGUUAAUAUAACAAGUGGCUUAAUUCAAUUAACUGAAUUACCAUAUCAAAGCAGAGAGACUAUCAAAGUCAACGCCAGCGAGUUAUGUCCUGAAUUAGUUAAGAAUUUCGACAAUUGCCAGAUUUCUAUGCCGAUAACAUCAGCAUUUCGUGAUGACAGAUUCAGUCGAACUCCAAAGAUCUGUCAAAUGGAAGAGCCAACAUUAAUUUUCAUGUCACAGCAGCGUCCGAAACGAAUUUCCUUGAGAGAUGAAACUGGAAAUUCCCAUAGAUUUCUCUGUAAAAGAGAUGAUGAUUUACGAAAAGAUAUGAGAAUGAUGGAAUUCGCGAGUUUCGUGAAUAAUGUUCUGGAAAGCGACAAAAAAUGUCGACAUAGACUUAUUUCGAUGAAUGUAUUUUCUAUUGUUUGUUUGAAUGAGAAAAAUGGUUUAAUUGAAUGGGUGAAUCAUACUAUUUGUUUCCGGAAGAUUUUAAACGAAUUGUAUGAGAGUCGAAACUUGGGAAUGCCUUUGAACGACAUUUUAGACAUUUUAGGACAAGAUUCUCGCUACAAUCCACAGAAGAAAUGCCAAUUGUUUUGUGAAAAGAUUAUUCCAAAAUUCCCUCCUUUAUCACAUCUUUGGUUUUUAGACAAUUUCAAAGAUGCAAGUCAAUGGUUUGUUGCCAGACAAAACUACACUCGAUCAACAGCUGUUUGGUCAAUGGUUGGCUACAUUGUUGGUUUAGGAGAUCGACAUCUCGAGAACAUUUUGUUCAAUAAAACAAAUGGCUCAGUUGUUCAUGUCGAUUUCUGCUACAUGUUCGAUAAAGCAAAGACACUUCCAACUCCAGAAUGUGUUCCAUUCAGACUCACACAGAAUGUUGUCGAUGCAAUGGGGGCUUUAGGAGUUGAAGGAAGCUUCACGUCCAGCUGUAUUUUAAUGAUGGAUUCCCUUAAAGCCAAAGCGAAUAAAAUCGUCACAACACUUCAGACAUUUGUUCAAGAUCCUCUUCUCGAAUGGAAGAAAGUUUCAAAAGAUUUUGAAGAAAUGGCUGCUCAAAGAACAAUCAAAGAAGUUGAAAGAAGAGUAAUGGGUUUCUCAGAAGAUAGAGCAAGGAAAUUUUCAACGGAAUUCUUUGUUAGGGACUUGAUUCAGAAAGCUCAGGACCCUAAUAACUUAUCAAGAAUGUGGGAAGGCUGGCAAGCUUAUCUAUAA